CCAGACCGUUUUGUAUGCCAAAAAGAAUUUCACAACAAGAUAUUUGUUUUGAAAUUGUUGCAUACAUACUUAAGUUACAGGAGUUUGUGCGAUAUUUCGAAAGCAUCAAAACAAUUUCACGCUAACCCCUCAUCAGAAAAAAAAGAAAUGUCUGUGACAGUUUCGACGGAUCUGUCGGUGACAACUGCGCCAGGUCGGGUGGAGGAAAAAAUAGACGAUAAACGAAAUGCCUUGCAAGAAAGCCUACGGAAAGGGGAGCCCAAAAUAUUUGGGGUCUCACAGAUAGCACUAGGAUUGCUGAUCAUCUCCUACUCUAUGCCUCUACUCUUCGCUGAGACCUCACUGAUUAUUAAUAUUGGUGUGCCAUGGUGGAGUGGCCUUAUGUUUGUCUUUUCAGGUGCAACUGCAUUUGCAGUGGAAAAGCAUGCCAGUUCAAGGACGCUCACUGUUUGCUUGACUGCCUCCGUCGUGGCCAUAAUCGUCUCACUCAUUGCGAUUGCCCUGUACUACUUUGACAUCGGACUCAACCUCUCCAACAAUUUCAGCAGUUCUGUAAAGAACACCAUCUCAAUUCUUAUUAUGGCCCAGACAGCAGUAUCCUCUGCUUUCACAGCUAUUCUGUAUAAAGUAAAAAAGAACAUCCCUGGUUAUACGGAAAUGAAUGGAUGACAUCCUGCUUAAUCCCCAAGAAAGACUUAAAUUACAUAAAGACAUAUUUCAUUUAUGUUUGUAUGUAGAAUUAACUGUGCUUUUAUAAAAUUACUGCAACCUACAUAGUAAAGUACUAAUGUUCAUAUGCAAUGCAGUGUACUUUGUAGUGGUAUACUUUUCAAAAUGUAUACCACUUGUUUUUAUGUCCAUGUUGUGUUUUUAAUAUACUUUAAGAUAAACCAUGUGCAAAUUCAUCACUUUAAAUCAUUGCAGAGUAUUUUCUCCCUAAAACUGCAGUUUACCAAAGACGGUUUAAAAAAAUGAUAUUUAAGGAUGUAUCAAUAUCAACAUAAAGAAUACAUUUGUUAUUAUCAUUAUAAUUACAUUUUACCUUUAAUUGUGUACUUUGGAGUUUUAUUUUGUACCUAAUAACGUCGGCUAUAGACUGCAUAUCAUUUAACUCCGUUUGUCAAAAUUGCCACAAAAGAGAUACAUGAUGUAUCUCUGGUGUCAAAACAUUCACGUAUUGACAUGCUUAAACGUCAAACAACUAACAAAAGCUUCAGUUUUGUUUGUCACAAAUUUGCUUGCUUUACGAAAUUUAUAAUAGGAAACGUCGUGUGGUAAAUGCCACAAGCUGUAGGCUAUUUGUUGAUAUCAUUGAAAAACAGAGUUACGACACUCCCAUAGACAUCUGUUGGAAGAAUGGAAUGCCGAAGUAACUUGUGUCAUGGAGGGCUCUUUAUAUCCAGACAUUGCACUGAAACCCAUUAAUUUCAGUGUUUCCCAAACACAUUCACUCCUGGUAAGUUGAAAUAUUAAAAGACCAGUGUGACAGAGAUGUGUUUUCAGGGUGUUUUUAAACAAAAAAUAUUGUUUUACUAGAUAAUUGUGGCUUUUGUGUGUGUGUGGUUGAAUAACUUUCUGUGAAUACUGCUCAUUAAAUGAAAAUGUUAUCUACCCUCUCUAUAAAUUAUAUAAUAAAAUGUCUUACUGACAAUGCAGUUCGUUUUCAACGUUCUUAGUUGUGAAUAUGCUCACAAUCAUUGAUUGUCUAUUGCUAAAAUACUUGGGAAUUUUUAUGUGAAUGUCUUAACAUAAUUUAACAUUAGGCUGUACUGGUGAUCAUAGAAGCAUGAGAAACAUGAAUGCAUGCAUUCUGUUAAUGUAUUCUACAUUAUACAUUCUUCCUAUUAAACACCCUAUUAAA